UAUUACAAGAUCAAAGUAUAAUAAUAAUUCAUCUUAGAAUGUGUGCGUGUAGUCUACAAAAUUAAAGUUGUGUAUAUUAAUUACGGUAUAAUAAAGCAUGCGGGGGGCGAGGGGGCGCGCCGCGCUCUCAUAUUCCGUAUAUUGAUUGUGUGCGAGGGGGCCGGGGCAAGGAGGGGGCCACGGCGUGCCCCACUCUGUUAUUUUACGACACGGCUUUCUGUGUAACAUAAUUUUAUUUAAUUUUGUGAAAUGUGUCGGUGUUAUUUGUGAAAAAUCGGGAAGUCGGAAGUGUGAAUUCGAGAUGCAGGGGCUGGUGAGCGACAAGACGUUCCACCUCAAGUGGAACAACCACCUGCAAAACCUGAGCCAGCUCUUCACUACCAUCUACUCGUCGUCGGCGCUGGCCGACGUGACCCUGUCCUGCCGGGAUGGCACGCUCAAGGCCCACAAGCUCGUUCUAUCCGCCUGCAGUCCUUACUUUGAACAAAUCUUCAGGGACAAUCCAUGUCAGCACCCGAUUGUUAUCCUCAAAGGAAUUCCGUUCUCGGAGAUCAACCUGCUCGUGGAGUUUAUGUACAAAGGAUCGGUGGAUGUCCAAGAAUUGGAUCUGCAGUCCCUCAUGCACACAGCCUCCGAGUUGGAGAUCAGAGGGCUGGCAUACGAGGCUCGGGACAAUGCUGCGCAGCUGUUGAAUGUGAACUUGGAGUACCCGACAUACUCACAGACUCAAGUGCCUCAGCCACAGCCACAGGCGUUCGCCCAGGCCCGCACUGAUGUUGAACGGCUUAAGCAGAUCCACAUGUACCAACAAUCCAUGAUGCGUUCCGAAGAGAUCCGGCGCCGCCGCCGCGACGACAACCCUGGUACGCAUACGGCGGUCAACAACAUACUCGCCGCAGCUGCUAGAGAGAUGGAGGAGGCGAGACAUGCGACCAGGGGCAACGAGAGGGUUGUGGCCAGCAUACAGACCGAGCUGGAGCAUGCUCUGUCCGCCGCGACGUCCACCCCCGACAAGCAGGACGACGACAGGCCCAAGAAGCGCACCUCCAUCCUGUCGCCCGACGACGACAAGCUACGCGCCAAGAAGAAGAUGACCGUCCGCUUCCAAGACGACAAGACUGACGAACGCCCUAACAAGGUUAAUUCGCCGGGGGCAGCCUCCAACCAGGACGAUCCGAAGCCGGGCGGCAUCAAGGUAGUGCAGCUAUCCGCUCUGCAGAAGCCCACCAACAACGAGCAUGACGAUUCUGAUGAGAAAGCCAAGAAUAUGGAUGACGACGAAGAAACUGAUUCAAGCGGUUCCAUGUCCGACUCAAAUGCCAACGAAUGCGAGGAAGGGCGCCGCCCUCAUGUCUGCGACGUUUGUGAUCUCAGAUUCCAGCGGUCAUCCCACCUCUCCCGACACCGGCUGACACACACAGGCGAGCGGCCCUUCACGUGCGGCGGCUGCGGCCGCUCGUUCGCGCGCUCCGACAAGCUGCGCGUACACACCAAGAUCUGCGAGCGGGAAGACCCAACCGUCGACAUGGCCAACGAAUCCACCACGACCAAACGCGAAAACAACUCUGAAGUGAUGUCCGGCAUGGUGCGCACCACACACCGGGAGUCCGGACAUCUCGUGUUCACGCCCAGCGGCGACGUCAUGCUGCCGCCCAGGCCGGUGAAGCACGAGCUGGCGGCCGGCGACCUGCUGGAGCCGCCGCGCCGGGGCCGCGGCCGCCCGCGCAAGACGCCGCUCCCGCUCACGCCCAAGAUCAAGAAGAAGCGCGGCCGCCCGCCCAAGACUUCGCUCGACCUGGAGGGCUGCGUGCUGACGGGCGGCACGGUGAUGGGCAACGCGCACAACCUGAGCAACCUGAGCAUGUCGGCGCUGCCGUCGGGCCAGCAGCUGCUGCUGAAGCGCAAGCGCGGCCGCCCGCCCAAGAACUACCUGCUGCCCGCGCGCACCGGUACCGACUUACCGAUGCAGUACAACAUAGCAAUGGACUUGAAUAAGAUUUACGGCCGCCCCAACGAGAACUACAACGCUACCAACCUGCCCUUCGGAGACUUCUCGUAUCUGACCGAAAUGAUGUACAACCCGGCCCUCGCCGCCUACGGUUACGGAGUCACCAGCGUCGACCCUGACCGCAACGUGGACCAGGAUCAGAGCGCGGUCAGUGAAACCUCCCAUGACCGCACUAUAGACGUGUCAGACUCAUCCUCGGACGAAGAAGAAACUUCAAGAGUGGAGCCAGAAGAAAACGUGCCGGCGGUCGGCGUUGAAACGCAAAUCAUGACCGUCGGCGACUGCCAGAUAGUGAAACUCCCGCCUAAUAAUGACGAGCCGAACAACAAAGAAGACAAGCUGGAACAGGUGCAGGAUAACUCCACUAUCGUUCCGGCUUCGACCCCCAGCUCGGUAACGAUCACUCCGAUAACUACGGUGGGGGACUGCACUAUAAGACCGGUAGAGAAUAACACUUAAGUGCGAAUAAUUAAGCGAUGAAAAUAGGUACAGAAUACCUGUUCUUGUUGCUUUUAGCGGAGAAGGAUAAAUAUUGACUGCUAAUCAUGACACAAAGCAAUCUUUAAAGAAUAUUGUAGAUGGCGUCAGUUUAAAGGGUUCAAUUCUGUAAUGUUCUAUCUCUGACUUCUUCGUUGUCUAAAUCUGACGCGCAGCAUUAUAAAAUUGCUUCAACCUCCUAAGUCCCCACGUCCUUUUUAAAGAACAAAAUUUCGUGGAAUUUUGAAAUAUAAUGGAAUAAAAGAAAGUUGAAAAUGGCAAAAAUGACUACGGGGCUUCUAUAUUAUCAGAUUGAGACUUACAAAAGUGAUACUGUCUAGUUAUUUCGAAACUUUGUGUAUGAGCAGUCAUUAUUACCCUUCUCUGUUACACUGUACGCUUACUAUUCAGCUGUUAUGAGCGGCUUAUUGCGGUGGCGUCACAGUAGCCUCGCUCUUUCUUUUACAGCUAGUAAGAGAGGGACGCCAUACUCGGCUAGUGUGAUUAAAGUGAUGCUCCAAAGAUAUGGACGAAAUGUAAACAUUACAUUACUGUUUGACAUAUAACCUCAAAUUUACAGAAACGAUUUUAUAUUAAAAAUGCGUACCGUAACAGGUAGGUUACUAACUUAUAAUGUAUUAUAAGUUAUAACUGUAGGUAUGUGAAAAUAAUCAACUGUUAAUGUUAUAAUAAUCGAUGUCAAACUGAUUUAAAUACAAUAACUUCAGAAAUCAAGAACAAUAUAAAAUGACAAUGCCUGAAUAAAAACCCAACGUCCAUAUACCUAAGCAGGAGAAUGAUUGUUCAAAAAUAAUUAAUUAUGUAUGAAAAUAGCUUGUUUACAUUUUUGUCUACUUCUUUGAACGCCAUUUUACAUAGAAUUUUCGUCUGCAAGUCUUCCCACAUCACAAUAUGUACGACUUAAUUCCUCUGAUGCCGCCGCAAUGACGAUAAAAAAAAAAGAAAAAUGACUGUCGUAAUCUGCAUUUAGAUUAGUGGUGAAAUAAUUUAUUUUGCUGAAAUGAUGAACAGUUGUAAGCUUUACAUGAUUAACCGUGAUACUCAGUUGGGAUCGGCCGUAUUCGUGAACAAGUCACAAACUAGCAAUGUUCUACAUGACGAUUAUGAUGGUGCCUCGGGCCCUGGGUCAUACAACUUACUACUAAAAACGUACUUGUCGCUUUAACUUGCAGACAAAUUUAUAAUUGUACAGUCUGGCUCAAAUAUGUACACAUUUUUUCUCCGUAAUCCGUUGUAUUAAGGUGAAAAGGUGUUUAAAUAUUUGUGACUUGACGUUACGGUAUCUAUUUCUAUAUAUUAAAGCGCAUCAGUCAGAUUCGUGUUACACUAACAUGACAAUAGUAAUCUGACAGUGUCUUUGACAAUAGUCAUCUGACACUGUCUUCAUUAGUGUGAAUUAUUAGUGUCGUUGACAAUAGUCAUCUGACACUGUCUUCAUUAGUGUGAAUUUUUAGUGUCACUUGACAAUUUAGUUUCCGAAAAAAGCCUGAUUAUUUACUUAUUUUAAAGGCGUGUAAUGAAUUGGAAAUUAACAUAUAAAGGAAGUUGUAUGACUCUGGGUUAGUACUUAGCUGUUAAAAGUACAUGGGACACAUAGUUUUAGGAUUAGUUGUAGAAUAAUGAGUUUAUAUAAUAAAUGCAUUAUUUUUCUAAAUUAAAAACGGUAUUCACAUCACAAUACAAACCGGCUCUGAUGAAGUGUUCUUAAAAUUCAUAAGUAUUAAGAUAGAAAUUUAAUAAUAGACUGUUUACUUAUUGAACUCAACGUAAAAACAACCUUACUUCAUUAUGCGUAAGGUUCACAUUUGAAAACCAGCGUUCAGGAAGUAAGCAAUAGAAAAGUAGGUCUACCUCGAUCCAUGUCACUUUAGAAUCUUAACAGUGUUAUAUACCCACCGCAAUAAUUAAAUUAUAUAUAAGUACCUAUACAUGGCUAAUGAUUACUCAUGUAGAACAUUGUACACAAGCAAAGUUAUGUACAGAAUAUUUUGCGAAUAUCUACAUAGAGGCAGCGUAUUUACUACAUAUGUUAUAUAAGUAUAUACCCAAUGUUUAUAUACAAGAUGUGCACUAAUGUUGCCUUGGAUGUUUUCUUUUCGAUGAUUCUUCCAUGUGUGUCAGUACCGAAAGGCUAUAUUACCAUUUAUUGUGGUAGAAUUAGUACCAUUUCAUUCAAAAAUUCCAAUCAACUUACAUAAUAUUUAACUACAGAUUAUUAUGGUCUAAUCAUCCUUACCGAAGAGGUAGUCACGUGGUUAAGUAUAUGUUAUUCUUUCCCAAUAUUUCUUGGGACUUUAAAAGUGGAUUAACUAUAGUUAUUCCACAUUAGCGUUUCUAGUAUCUCUCUUAUUUGAUUAAGACUACGGCGUCUGCCUUCCAUAUGCUAUAACAAGCUCUGUGAAUACUAGUACUGUAGCAGUAGUGUCUUAGAUAAAACUUAUUCUAAAUAUUAACUCAACAACACCACACGAACAAGUGAUACCAUGUUAAGUCUAAACUGGGGCCCUAUUUGAUUUGAAAUAGUAUUUGGUGACAUGGCAACUAUAUCGCUACUUUUAGAAUUCAUUCAAAAUUAGUAAUUUGUUACCCAAAUCGCCUUGGUCAAGUCAAAUUGUACCCCAGAACAUUAUUGUAUGGAUAUUGUAAUAACAUAUAUUUCUUUAAUCGUUUUGCCUGUAAAAGCAAUGAGUAACGUAUCGUAGUCUUAUAUAAUGAUACAUAACGCAAUAUAGUGUAAUGACCGACAUGACAGCUAGCGCCUACUGUCAAACAGUGAUGGCGACUUUUAUUUUGGAUAGAACAAAUCGUACCGUAGUACCUUACUUAUGCGGACUGUGGAAUCGUAAGUACGCUUUAUAUCUGUCAACGUGUUCGCAUUAAAUGUCGAUGUCUUAAAAGUAUUAAUAACUCACUACUUUGGAUUCUCGAUCAUUAUUUUCAUAACUGUACAGUAGAAUAGUUCCUAACAUGUAAUCGAAACAAAAUUAUAACCCUCGACUAGAGUAGAUGAGUAAAUUUAUUUGAAAUCAAUUAUGUUUUAGUUUUAAGUCCUAAUUUUUAUAAUCGAUCAAAUUAUCGUAAUUUUAGUACCUAAUUUACAAUUAGUGAUAUGUCGAAUUGUUUAGGAUCGCUCGCCGAUGCAUUAAGUUUACGGAAGACUGCUCUGAUGUUUUCUAUUAAAGUUAGUUUUCGCUUUUACAGUUGACUGAUUUACUGAAAUCAUUUAUUGGCCUUCAAGAGGCAUUUAACGUGAGUCUCAGACGGCAAGCUAAACUUAUCGAGAUCAUUUAAUAUAGGAAUCUGUAUUUUUAUAAUAAACCUAAGGUAACUUUUAAUUUAUUGUCAUCCGCAAAUGUAACGUAUCCCAUGCCAUAGUGUACUGACGUCUGAAAUUCGUAAUAGCUAUUAAUAAUGGCCUUAUUGGCAAUUUGUGUUGUCGUUAAGUUUUAAGUGUUGAACGGCCGCUGUGUUAGCUUGACCUUGAACGAAAAUGUCAUGACAAUGUGUCAUUUACAUACAUUUAGGUCUAGAAUGCCUAAGCUUCUAACACACUAACCUGACAAUUGUCACAUGACACUGACAAUUUGCUAUCACUAUCAGUGACUCAAUAAAUAAAUGUCAUUCAAUACCUGUCAAUUUCUUAAAUGUUGAAAUCAUUAAAUUACGUUUCAAUGAUAUUGUCAUGACAAUUGUCAGAUAAGUUUUGUAUCACAGACGGCGAGCUUCGCUGAAGCUAGUUGUGAAAUCGCAUUGACGCAUUUAUACCGCGUGUAUUCAAUGUUUGCGAGCACUGGCAAAUAGAGAUACAAACGAAUAGCAGCUUUAUCGAAUGUUUUGAUUAAAAGGCCUGUGCACACCGAGUGCGUGUGCGUAGACGUGCACGUGCGCGUAGACGUGCACGUGCGCGUUGUAAUGUACAGAUCCUUAUGAGAGACGACACACCGCUUGCGUGACGUGUGCGCACGCAGCCGGUGUCUUCUGGCCUUUAGGUAGUUAUGUUGUAUGAUAUCUGGCAGGUUAAGGUCAACAACCGUAUCUCUAUUUUGUGCCAAUGUGACUUUUUUUAUCUCAAUAUCGUUUAGUUGCUAACGUAUGAUUAUUUUUUACGUUGAUUUAUGUACGACUUGAAACUUAUACUUAUGAGAAAGCUUGCUAAUGAAUAGGUACAUUAUGUAUACGUUUGAGCCCCAUUCAUUUCUCGCAUACAACUUCUUUAUUGGAAUGUGUGUAAAUUAUUCAUUAGUAAGUUCGUGUUUAGUUACUAAUAUUUUUAAAUGUUUAGUGUAGUAAUCGAAUCACAAGUGAAAUCAUGUUAAAGUUUAUUUACGAUGGCAAAAUUAUAUAACGGUUGAGGUCUCUACUUGAUGAUAAAUUUACCCCCAAUUGAUGCGAGGACCACCUCAAAUUUAAUCGAAAAAUACAAAAUUAAUCGAUCUAUCAUAGUGCGAUGGAUGUUGUUCGAUACAUCGAUCGUUAUUGAGCGAUAAUAAUAACUUUCAUUUUGUAACACUAAAAACAAGUAAGUAUACAAAUGUGAAUAUAAUUCACAUAAACGCAUAACUCGCCUUUUAGACACUAUUGUAUGGCUUCUCCGUUGAAGAUAUUUGAACACACUCAGCAUCAUAUAGAUAGUGCCAAAAAAAUAUCGCAACACAUUUUUAUGGUAAUAAAAGUAUGUUGUAGUUUAGUCGCUAAGGCUAUCCAUUUGAUGCUGACUGUAUGUACAGUCGCCAUCAGAUAUAUCGGAGCGGGCGAGGUGCUCAAGAAUAUCUAAACACGCACUCUAACGCCUUGACAAUAGAGGCGUGUUCAGAUAGUUGUGAGCACCGUGGCCCCUCCGAUAUGUCGAAUGGCGACUCUACAGUGAGCUGCAAAAGUGCUUACCCACUUUAUGAAUGGAAUAUAUUCACAAUUUUCAUAAGUAUAAGUACUUUUUGUAGCUCGGUGUACAGUCAAGGAAUUUAAAUUCCGACCCAUUUCGUACUUUGUCACAGUGACAAUCAAUAUGAAAGCCGCUAGAGACCUCAUACGGUUGUCACUGUGACAAAGUACAAAAUGGGUCGGAAUUUAAAUUCCUUGACUGUACAUUGGCUUCACAAUAGACCAUCUAGUAGAGACCUCAUAUCACCCGUCCAGACAUUCACGGAUAGUUUUAUUUUGUUAGCUCCUAAUCUACUGGGCGAAGCUAUUUAGUUAUACGUUGAAUGAUUAUAUUCCUGUAUGUGAAAUGUUUACAUUUUACGUUGUGAUCAUGUGAGUGCAAAAUUAUUUUGUUUAGUGACCAUAGUUGGUUCGUCGUAACGGGCAGCGGACAUAAUAUUUUGUUUGGUUCUGCAUAGUCCAUGAGCAGUAUUUUUUAGAUUUAAUCUUUAUUAUAUGAACCUCUUUUUAUUAUUUUAACAAUUAUGAAAUUCAAUCGUUAGUUACUUUCUAACAAUGAAAUAUUUAAUAAAGAAAUUACAAAAUUAA